AUGCAGCAAUUUAAUCCUAUCAACUAGAAUUAAUACAUCCAAACCACACAUCAAUAUUGAAAGUUCUAGCACCUUUUAUUGCUCUGCUAUUUCUAAUUUCCUCUACCUAUAAUUUAAAUGGAAAUAGACCAAUAUAACAAAUAUAACCAUGCCAUACCUUUUUUUUUUUUUUUUUUUUUUAUCGGCGAAAAUCACUAUGGUUUGAAAAGUUAGAAUUAACACCUUGGAAUAUGAGUCUAAUUCCUGACCUCAUUUCUCUGGCCACUUUAGACACUCUUGAUGCCGUCAGGGCAUUUGGCAAAAACCGUGCCAUCUUACCGACCAACACAUUGCAACAAUCCAAUACAUAGAGCACAACAUACCUAACACGCGUCAAACAAAAACUAGGACGAGAAAAUUCUCAAGAGUGCAACCAGCCAGCGUCUUGUCCUCACCAUACUCCUCCCCCCGCGCCUCCAUGUGCCGCCCGCUCUACCACAGCCAUGGCAAGCUCUGACCCCACUUGACUCGUCCGUAUUAGAUCAGACCAUUUUGGCUCCACUUGAAUCCGGUUCUGCAACCAGUUAUGACCACAAAAAUGAGAUCCACACUAGUUCUCCCCCAACCAUGUAUAUAAACCCAUUUACCCAUAUGCCUCCUACCAUAGCCACUUGACCGUAGCCUAUCUUGUUAGCCAAAGUAACCGUCUCUUCAACUCCCGUAUCCAAAAGUCUCUCUCUCUCUCUCUCUCUCACAUAGCAAGUGACCAUGCUUGAAGGGAAGGCAGUGAUAGGGGAGAGUGAUAUGCUUCAAACAAUGCAACAAGACGCGCUUGAUUUGGCGGCAAAAGCGCUGGACUUCUAUGAUGUCACUGAGCCCACAGAGAUUGCCCGCUUCAUAAAGAAGGAAUUCGAUGGGAUAUACGGGCCGGGGUGGCAGUGCAUCGUAGGGACAGAUUUUGGUUCGUUCGUGACUCACUGUUACGGAUGUUUCAUUCACUUCUGCAUUGGAAACCUUGCUAUUUUGCUCUUUAGGGGCUCAGCAGGCCCAGAAGCUGAGGCUACCCAAUUUUCUACCUUGGAGGCUGUCAAAGCAUGAACUUUGUGUCCAUUUUCCUUCUGUUGGUUUUCUGCUCUAGACUUGGAAAUUAAUGAGAAAAUCUCCAGUGGCAAAGUCUCUUAACUGUCA